AUGCCUGACACCAUGGUCGAACCACCAGCCAAACGGGCUAGACGGACAGAUAGCUCAGCGAUGUGGGAUUUGAAUGAUAACAGUACGCGAUCUGAUAGCGAAUCGAAGGAGUCAGGCAGUGUCCUAAGAAAAGCAGCCUCUGGCAAGGACGAGAUCACCAGGAACGGGUCUUCCAGGGGGGAACGACUAGCACGAUCUCGAUCUCAGGACAGAGAGAGAAAGCGGGAUAGAAGCAGGUCAAGGGACAGGCGGACGCGAGAUUAUCCGCGAGAUACCCGGCGAGAUGUUGACAGAGAUAGUCGAGGCGGCAAAGGUCGAGAGAGGAGCUUAAGUAGAGACAGAUACAGCUCCCGCCGUGAAUACGCUUCCAGGCCUAAGAGACACCGUGAACGAACUCUCAGCCGGUCACCAUCGAGGUCACGCUCUCCUGCGCGAAACGGCCGUAGAGCUCGCUCACGGUCACCCCCCCGUAGAGGCGGGCCUGAUCGGGGAGAUACAAGAUCUAGCAGACGUCGUGGAGAUAGCAGAGAGCCCAAUGGUGCACGACCGUCAACCAAAUCAAGCAGGCAGGACGAGAUGGAAGUAGACAUACCUGACGAUCCAGACGACAUGGACCAAGUGAUGAUGAAGGCCAUGGGAUUCUCGUCCUUUAAAAGCACACAGAACACCAAGGUCCCAGGGAACAACGUUUCAGGUGUCCGGAAGGAGAAGAAGACGCAGUAUAGACAAUAUAUGAACCGUGUGGGAGGAUUUAACAAACCGCUGAGUCCAACCAGAUGA